UAUUUAUUUCACCUCUCUCUCUCUCUCUCUGCAACUAAUCACUUGUUCGAUCUCGAAGCUGAAGCUAAAGGUAAGCUAUUCUCUUCACAGCGCUAGUUCUUUUCCGAAGAUUCGUGUCGAUCUCAAAAAUCCCAUUCUAUCAAAUUGUUUUUAAGACUCUAAUGAUUUAACCAAACCAAAACCUGAAUCGUUUGAUCCCGGUGACGUUGAAACCCUGAAUUCCGGGGAAAUUGAUCCUACUCGUUUGUGUUGUUCACAGCUUUCGCUAAUUUGCUUAAGGAGCUAUGGGAGAUAGUCAGUACUCGUUUUCUCUCACCACUUUCAGCCCAUCUGGUAAGCUGGUGCAGAUAGAACAUGCCCUUACAGCUGUUGGAUCUGGCCAAACAUCUUUAGGGAUUAAAGCUUCUAAUGGAGUUGUCAUUGCAACUGAAAAGAAGUUGCCUUCUAUUCUGGUUGAUGAAGCAUCUGUUCAAAAAAUUCAGCAUUUGACUCCUAAUAUUGGAGUUGUUUACAGUGGCAUGGGUCCUGAUUUUCGAGUUCUUGUUAGGAAGAGUAGGAAACAGGCUGAGCAAUAUCUUCGUCUGUACAAAGAACCCAUCCCUGUUACCCAACUUGUAAGGGAAACCGCUACUGUUAUGCAAGAGUUUACUCAAUCGGGAGGUGUUAGGCCUUUCGGGGUUUCCUUGCUGGUGGCUGGAUAUGAUGACAAGGGUCCACAAUUGUAUCAGGUGGAUCCAUCUGGCUCUUAUUUCUCCUGGAAAGCUUCAGCCAUGGGGAAGAACGUUUCUAAUGCAAAAACCUUCCUUGAGAAAAGGUACACAGAAGACAUGGAACUUGACGAUGCCAUUCACACAGCGAUACUGACAUUGAAAGAAGGCUUUGAGGGAGAGAUCUCAAGCAAAAAUAUUGAAAUUGGCAAAAUCGGUGCUGACAAAGUUUUCAGGGUACUAACACCAGCAGAGAUCGAUGAUUACCUUGCUGAAGUCGAGUAACUCCCAGCAUAGUCUAGCAACAAAGUUUAAGACCGGAAUUUCGUGGCAUUUACAGUCUUAAAGAGUUGUUUUUUCUGUAAAACUUUGGAUCUUUAAAUAGUUUGUUGCUGAACACAAGCUGAGUGUCUCUCAAUAACUAAUGAAAUCUGUUUCUUUUUUUCUCACUCAGUGAAGGUUUCAGAGAAAUCUUAUAGUAGUCUCGUC